CUAGUUUCAUGUGGUAUUCACAGAAUCAUGUUUUAUUAGGAGCGGUCUGAACCAUCUGAAUCAUUCAAUAUCGAGGUUUAAAAAUAUUUUGCGCCUUCUAGCUAUUUAAAGGAUUCUAAGGCAUACAAGACCGUUCUGUGAAUAGUGAAUACUAGAAGAAUGACAGCAAACGGUACAUCGACUAAAUUCCUUGUGGGUAUUAUUUCGCAAUAUUUUAUCGAUCAGGCAGGCAUGGCUAUAUUAGCUAAACGCUGUCCAUCUGCGUCUUUUGUUUUGAUAGAAUGCACAGACCUGUCACUCGAACGUUUAAAGAAUUUAGAUAUCCUGAUUGCCGAUCCAGACGAUGUGUUUAAGUACAUAUGUCAGCUACCAAAGUUGAAAUGGCUGCAGUCAACGUAUGCUGGCGUUGAGAAUGUGGUCAAACAGAUGCGACAAGAUAAGCCAACGUUUGUGGUCACAAGACUCGGUGGUGUUUUUGGACCUCACUUGGCUGAAUAUGUGAUUGGUCAUGUUAUUGCACGGGAGAAGAAAUUUUCACUUUCCAGAAAAUGUCAACAGACCAGAACAUGGGGUGCGUAUGAGACAUUUAUGUAUCGUCCGCUUUCCGAACUUACGAUUGGAAUACUUGGUUUUGGUGACAUUGGUAAGGAAAUUGCUAAAUGCUGCAAGUCAAUGAAGAUGACGGUUAACAUUGUUCAUCGCACUGUUCCUGCUACCAAAUGUUCUUUCGUGGAUCAAAGCUUCUCAACUGAAGAAUUGCCUGAGUUUUUGCAACAAUGUGAUUACAUAUGCAAUGUAUUGCCCAGUACACCGAGUACAAGAGGUCUUCUUUCUGGCAAUAUUUUGGAAAAUUGUAAAGAGAGAAAGGCGGUACUUAUAAACAUUGGUCGUGGGGAUGUGAUAAGCUGUGAUAGUAUUUUGAAUGCAUUAAAUAAUCAAUGGAUUAGUUGCGCCAUUUUGGAUGUGUUUAAAGAAGAGCCUCUUCCAAAUGAUAGCGCAUUGUGGACUCAUCCCCAGGUCACUAUUACACCUCAUAUUGCUGGAUUGAAUAAAACAAACCAGGUGAUUGAUUCUUUCAUGAGGAAUUUUGAGCUUUUCAAAGAGGAAAAACCGAUGAAAUAUGUCGUGGAUUGGAACAAAGGAUACUAAAGAGUAAUUUAUAUCCCGUCAAUAUAGCCGCAUGGAAGGGAAUCUAUAGGUAUUAUUGGGCUAAAUGUAAUCGUAAAUAAGUUCAAGUUAUAAAAAAAAAUUCUUU